CUUCCUGCACCCUCCCUCCCACCACCCAUAAUUAGGCUUUGGGUGUAGAGAAGGCCUGGAAGGUUCCUGGGACAGGGCAUUGCACUCACAAGGGGGAAGAGUCUUCAGGUGCUGGGAGAGAGCCCUCCCCUGCCGCCACCCCCCAAUCUUCAGAAACCAGCAGCUGGAGGCCAGAGAUGGCCAGUCCCCCACACCCGGUUUCGGUGCACCCAGCAGCUCUGGUGCAGACUGAGCACCUCCAGGUGUUCUCAUUCUAUGUGCGCUGGUCUGAUGGUGGAGAAACUUUGGUGCACAAGAGCUGGGACGAGUUCCGGGGGCUUCAUAAAACACUCAAGGAGACCUUUCCCGUGGAGGCGGGUCUGCUGAGGAGAUCUGACCGUGUCCUCCCCAAGUUUCCUGGUCAGGCCUGCGGGGAUCCUGGGAGGGGGUGGCCUGGUGCUCCGCUUUUGUUGCUACGGGGACGCAUGGGCCGCAGCCUGGAGCGCCUCCAGCGGCUAGGCACCUACUUGCUUGCGCUGCUGGCAGCGGAGAGCCUGUCCCGGAGCCCUGCGCUGGGCGGCUUCUUUGCCCCGACAUCGCAGGACCUGGAGUCAGCACUGUCCCCCGGCAGCUUGGUGAUCCUGCCCGUCCCCACCGAGGCAGUGGCCAGCCCCAGGGCCUGCAGCCUGGAGGGCGGGAGCCUGCGCUGCCUACACCCCUACAGCACCCAGGACGCGCGUGGCCGGCUCUUCCGCUCAGGGGCUGGAGAGGUGCUGGACGUGCUGCUGAGACACCCCUCAGGCUGGUGGCUAGUGGCAAAUGAGGAGCAGCAGAUGGCAUGGUUUCCAGCCCCCUACCUGGAACAGGCUGCGGGCCAGGGGCCCAAGGGCGGCCAGCUUUGGGGGUGCCGCGCAUCCCAGUUCUGUGUUUCCCGUGCCUACAACAGCGGCCACUCCGAUGAGCUGUCGGUGCCCGCGGGGGCGCGCGUGUGUGUGCUGGAGACAUCUGACCGCGGCUGGUGGUGGUGCAGGUAUGGCGAGUGCGAGGGGCUGCUCCCAGCUGCGCUGCUGCGGCCUGACCAGCUGGGAGUUCUCUUGAGCCCAGCAGCGCUCUUCCGCAGUGCGUGCCAUGAGGAUGAGGGCGAGAGCAGGGCCCCUGAAGCCCGAAGCCUGCCCCCCUCCGUGCCCGCCCGGCCCUCCCCUGGGGCUGUUAGGAGGAGCUGCUGCACCAUCACCCGCAGGGCCCUGGGGAGGAGCUCAGGCAGCCCCUGGAGAGCCCCAUGGGAGGGGAGGCCAGGGGUGCCAGUCCCCAGGGAGGAGGCUGGGGGCAGACACAGCAACUCAGGGUGCGUAGAGGGGAGCACCCAAGCCUGAGACCACAGACGUCGACAUCUCCAGUGAAGCCCUUUGACCCUGGGCCCUGGAGGUGGCACACUGGAUGGAGCAAGGAACCCGCCCCUCUGCAGGGGAACCUCACCAGCCGUGGCACAGCGCUGCGGGCGCUUCUCCCUCCCUAUCUCCUCCUUCCCUCUCAAUUUCUGCCUCAAAUAAAUGUUUACAAAA